AUGAAUAUUAACGUAACAACGUUUAUAAACCCUUUUUCUUUUUUUUGUAUGCCUGAGGCUAGUCAGAAAAUUAACUUACCUGAAAAUGACCAAAUACUUUCGUCUCAAAAUGUGGGCAGUAGCAUCGAUCCAUCCAAAGUCAAUCACGGCCAAUAUGUCGCAGUAUUAUGGCAAAGCAGGUGGACGCGUGGUAUAAUUACUAUGGAAUCACAGUGCUUAAUAUGGUUAAUAGAUUUUGGUAUUUAUUUAAGACCUAAUGAAAAAACUGUGUUUAUAAGCCUACCCACAGAGUACAAAAAGUUGCCAACUAAAGUAUUUGAAGCCAGUAUACAUGGAGUCAUGCCUCUGGAUAAAAGAAUCAAUGAAAGUUGUGAGAUUGAGAAUCAGAUUUGUACCAACUGGAAUAAAGGUGCCAUUGAAAAAAUGCAAGAGAUCAUAAAGUAUUCUAAACGGCUUUAUUUUGUUCCUGUGGCUGUUAUUUCUACCAAAGAAAACGACGUAGUGUUGGGAAAUUUGUAUUAUGAAGCAAGCGGAUGUAGUUCUCUCGUAAACAUUGUCGACGAGCUAGAAGGAUGGCCAGUAUUUUUAGAAAAGAAUGAAAGCGCUUACAUUCAAAAUCUAUCGGUUCUAUACUCAAACCGUAGACGACAUCGUGCGUGCCUGCUAAAACCUUUACCAAAUGUAACCAUACCUAACAUUUCAACGAAUUUGUCUUUAGAAGAAUAUAAUAGUAUUUGUGGUAAGGUUCUUGACAUCUGUGAAGCCAGGAAGUCCGAUUGUGCUUCGGAAGAUGGCAGCACUGUGGUCAACGCAAAAUUAAAGGAACAGAAAACAAUAUACACAUUAACAUUCGAAGAAAUAGAAAUGUACUCCAAUAUGUACAUUACUAUAGCGGGUCAGGAGCAUAAUGCUUUGAAUUUAUUGUUGAAUAAAAUCAGAGAUCUUAGAAUGUGUGAAAAAUACAAAAAUGCUAAACCAAUCGGAAGAGCUACGACCAGAUUAGGAUCUACUCAUAAUUGA